GGAGCAGAGCCACUGACCGAGCCACUGUCACCGGCUCCGUCAUCACACCCGACCACGUCCUUCAAAGCAACAAAGCCCCCAGGCUCUGGAGAGGCUGCUGUCACCGCGGUCCCUCCCGUGAAGUAGCAUGUGGGACGGGAUCCGCUCGGAGCGCACGGACCGGGACGAGCGACGAGCCGAGUGAGCGGAGUGCGGAGCUGCAGCAAGUUCACUGACACUCACACACACAGGAAACACACAGUGGACAGGGGACAGCAGCGGAGGAUUUUAACCCAGGUUCGAAGAGGGGGACACCUGCUCCGGCAAAAUGAAGUUCGCGGAGCAUCUUUCCUCCCACAUCACUCCCGAGUGGAGGAAACAAUAUCUCCAGUAUGAGGCGUUUAAGGAAAUGCUGUAUGCUGCCCAGGACCAAGCUCCUUCCAUAGAAGUCACAGAUGAAGACACGGUGAAGAGAUACUACGCCAAGUUUGAGGAGAGGUUUUUCCAGAACUGUGAGAAGGAGCUGCUGAAAAUCAACACAUUCUAUUCAGAAAAGCUGGCUGAAGCCCAGAGGCGUUCUGCCACGCUGCAGAAUGAGCUCCAGUCGUCACUGGACGCUCAGCGCGAGAGCAACGCCCCCCCCGGCCUCCGCAAGCGCAAGACCAUGUUCCACCUGUCGCAGGAGGAGCGCUGCAAGCACCACAACAUCAAGGACCUGAAGUUAGCCUUCAGCGAGUUCUACCUCAGCCUCAUCCUGCUCCAGAACUACCAGAACCUGAACUUCACCGGUUUCCGUAAGAUCCUGAAGAAACAUGACAAGGUCCUGGACACUCCUCGCGGCGCAGACUGGCGUGUGGUUCAUGUGGAAGUGGCGCCGUUCUACACCUGCAAAAAGAUCACACAGCUCAUUUCUGAGACAGAGACUCUUGUCACCACAGAGCUGGAGGGAGGAGAUCGUCAGAGGGCCAUGAAGAGACUGAGAGUUCCUCCUCUGGGGGCAGCUCAGCCUGCUUUGGCGUGGACAACCUUCCGUGUGGGUCUCUAUUGCGGCUUCUUCAUCAUUCUUGCCAUCGCCUUCAUUCUCACCGGUGCUGUGUUCAUCCGCUACGAGAACGUGUGGCCUCUGGUGCGGAUCUAUCGGGGCGGUUUCCUGUUGAUCCAGUUCCUCUUCCUGUUGGGCAUCAACACCUACGGAUGGAGGCAGGCCGGAGUCAACCAUGUUCUCAUCUUCGAGAUCAAUCCCCGAAACAACCUGUCACACCAACACCUGUUUGAGAUCGCUGGUUUCAUGGGUGUGUUGUGGUGUCUCAGCAUCCUCUCCUGUCUCUACUCAGAGUACACCUACCUCCCCAUGCAGAUCAACCCUCUCAUCCUUUAUGGCUUCAUGGUGCUUUUCCUCCUCAACCCGUUCAAGACCGGCUACUACAAAUCACGUUUCUGGCUCCUCAAGCUGCUGUUCCGAGUGUUCACGGCGCCGUUUCACCGCGUGGAGUUUGCCGACUUCUGGUUGGCUGAUCAGCUGAACUCUCUGGUGUUUGUCCUGAUGGACCUGGAGUAUCUCGUCUGCUUCUACAUCUUUGAGCUGCAGUGGAGCAACAGCAAGGGUCUGCUGCCCUCGUUGAAAGAUCCUAAUAGCAAUAUGUGCCACAGCUACUCGUACGGACUGCGUGCCAUCAUCCAGUGCCUGCCCGCCUGGUUCCGCUUCAUCCAGUGUCUGAGGCGUUACCGUGACACAAAGAGGGCCUUCCCUCACCUGGUGAAUGCUGGGAAAUAUUCUACCACCUUCUUCGUCGUCACCUUUGCCGCGCUCUACGCCACACACAGAGAACAAGGACACACCGACGCCGACAUGUUCUUCUACCUGCUGAUUAUCUUCUCCAGCAUCAGCUCCCUCUACACACUGAUCUGGGAUCUGAGGAUGGACUGGGGUCUGUUCGACCGCGGCGCCGGAGAGAACACCUUCCUCAGGGAAGAGAUCGUUUACCCCCAUAAGGCCUACUACUACUGUGCCAUCAUAGAAGACGUGAUCCUGCGUUUUGCCUGGACAAUCCAGAUCUCUCUGACCACAACCACUAAGAUCCACUCUGUGGGCGACAUCGUAUCCACCGUGCUCGCUCCCCUCGAGGUCUUCAGGCGUUUCGUGUGGAACUUCUUCCGUCUGGAGAACGAGCACCUGAACAACUGUGGUGAGUUCCGUGCAGUGAGGGACAUCUCAGUGGCGCCGCUCAACGCCGACGACCAGACGCUGCUGGAGCAGAUGAUGGACCACGAGGACGGCGUCCGGAACCGCUCGGGCAAGAAGACCUGGAAGAGGUCCUACAGCCUGUCCCUCCGACGCCCCCUACUGUCCUCCUCACUAUCAAAAAAGGACACAAAGGUGCUGAUCGAAGACACGGAUGAUGAGGCCUUCAGCUGAGCCCACAACAUCAACACACAAACACACACUCACACUUAGACGUAGUAUACUUAUACGGACCUCAUUCACUAACAUCCAACCUCAGCCCUCCUCUCUUAUAGUCCUCUCUAUGUGUAGUGACCCCGACCCUCCUCAGCUCAAACCUUUAAAAUCAGGACUCUCAGUUUACCUCAUCUCUGGUUGUCUGUGUGUACAUUUGGUCUUUAUAAGUAUAGGAAUACACACUCUGUAAUGUAGAAACACACACACACACACACACUUAUAUAAACCUGUUGAAGCACAAACACAGAGUAGUAUUGCUCCAGUCGAGAGUAGAGCUGACGCCACAGAGACAGACAGCUGGACAGACAUCAUGCACGUAUCUAGUCACGCAGACCGCACUGCCCUGAGAUUAUUCUCUUCUUUUCUAAUGGACUUUUUAGUAUGUUGCUGCUGUUUCUUUCGGUUUUCCUCCCUUUCUUUUUUUCCCCGUUGGAUUUAAAAAGAAGAACCUGCACACGUAAGGCUCCACACGACUGUUUACACAUCUUUCUAACUCCACUCGGAUCAACGGGGAGAAGACGAGGCCGAUUGAAAGACUAAACAUGAAUCAGUAGAAAACCCGAGGAAGGACUCUACACACAUUGCAGAAUAUCAAAAAACAAAUCAACUGGUUUCCACAUGUUGAUUCUUUUUAUAUCCAUCGUCUUUCUUCUUUUUCUUUGCCGAGUUGUAGUCACGUCAGUGUACAAUCACAGUCCUUGCAGAGGCACUUGCAGGAAAAGUGCAUUUUAAUACACAAAGCAUGAAAAAAAAAAACUACUUGUACACAAAAGGGAUGUUUUGACUCAAACAUUUCUAGUCUGUGAUGUUGCUUUGUAAAAUAUUUAAUAUAUUUGAUGUGCGUUAUUACUCUAUUACAGUUCUUCAGUACUUCUACAUGUGUUGUUUAUACUAGUGAGACUAGUUUAAUGAUCCAGACGAUGAUUGUUAAUGUAUUUUAUAACGUUUGGAAAUGUUUUCUUCUUGGUUAUACUUGUGCCAAAUUUUUAAUAAGCUCGUUGUCCGUCCUCGAUUUUAAUGCCCAACUUCGAAUUAGAGCAAAAAUGACUCGUGAAUGGUCACAGUUCUGGUUUCAGGUCACCUCAAAGUGCCCUGUGAGCUACCGUCUGUUGUAUGUGCAGUGAGAUUCUCUGCACUAACUACCAAAGCUUUGUUUUUAAUGAAUGUGUCUGUGGCUCGAGGAGCUUUUUCUAUUCCACCUGCCUCAGUGGGUCAGAGGUAACAGGCCCGGAGGCUUUUCUCUUAUUCUCUUAAGGUGCAUGUGUUAUUGGGCCAUAUUAGCAGGUAGCCUCUGUUUCGUAGGUGCUCCCAGUAAUAUGAGUAGAACUAGAAUUGCACUCGGUAGAAAGCAUACCUCCGCCAAGGUCCGGCAGUCCCCUGAUGAAACCACAUUUCAAUUCACUGGAUUCAGAUUUGGAAACAUGACGGAUUUCUGUUAUUAAGAUCCACUAAUUAUCCUCUGGGGAAACUACUAAAAUAAAAGAAAAAGAAAGAGAAAAAAACUGGAUCUGUCCCUUGAUCUGAAUCUACACCAACAUGUAAUCGUGCCCCACCCCUCUGCAAAGUUACUGGAAAUAGGUUGAGUAGUUUUUGCAUAGUCCUGCAAAAAAAAAAGACAAAGUGACCUUGCUGGAGGUAAUUACUAGUAUUACUGUCAAUGUUGUGUAUAAUAGUGAUUUUAAGGCCCUAUAGGAAGGUAACGCUCUGUUUUGCCCGAUUGAACAGUUUCUACCCACUUUUUGUACAGUUUCAGUGGAUUUUUCGCAAAUUAAUAGUCAUCAAACAUCUGAAAUGAAAAUCAAAGUACUUUGCUUCUUGGUGCUAAUCAGACCCGGCAACACUGCAUAAGCUCAUCGAGCUCAUCUCCCGAAUAUCCAGUAAACAUGUGGAAUCCCUGACACGCCUUGCAGCUUUUGUGUGGCUCUGGAAUCAGGGACCCAGAGUCUCACUUUUCACCACGUUCUGCGUCACUCGAAACACGUUUGUUCAACUCCAACGUUGGCUCGUUCAUUUCAGCACUUUUUUAAACAAUAAUUUCCAGUGUGAAUUUGAUACCCAGGAAAAACCCUCGUCUUAUCCUCCAGCCAGCAGCCUACAUUUGAAGAGCCGUGUCUCCCUCUCUCUUCUCACUGCACUCUCUGCUCUCUUCCUCCCUGUGGCCGCGCUGAGUCAACACUACUCAUGAGACACAUCACAGGAAGCUCCGAAUGUGAUGCAGAAACGUUCCUGUUUCUCCCACUUCUGUUUGGGUUUGUUCCCGCAGCGGCUUAAAGACUCGUGAGUUUUGUGCGUGAUGAGCUAAAUGUGAACUGGAAAGCUGGAAAGUGAACCUGUUAAAACGUAGAUGGUUAGCUUCCCAGUCUAUUUAAAUACACUGGACACAUGCCAUAACUGUAAACAACACACACACACAAACACACACACACACACACACACACACAUCGAGCCUCUCUCUCGUGUCGGAGCGCACAACCCAACAGCAGAAAGUUUUUGUAAAAAGUCUCUGUUGUCUUGCUUGCAUGCUGCUUUCUGUUCUACACUGUACAUAGAUCUUAAUUUAUUCGACAUGAUGUGUAUAUUAGUGAUCAUUGCAGCCCCUCUGACAAUGAUUGAUUUCGUACGUUGCCAUGUUUGCUCCUGGACAAGCAGUAUUUUCUAGGUGGCGAGGAGCGUUUUGUCGACCCUGCACUCUUUCAUGUGUAAAUCUGUUGGAAGUGUGUUUGUAUUAAUUAAUUCAUAUAGAAGGAGAACAAACAAAAAAAGAAAAUCCAUAGAAAUGGAGAACGUGAUUGGUUGUAUUUAUCGGUGAUUCCUUCUUAUUUCAAGGCGUCGGGGGUUGGGGGUUAUAUCCCCUGUGUGCUGCAGCUGUAAUCCUGUUUGUACAUCUGUGAAUGUGCAUGAAACUAUUGUGGACCGUUGCGUCUGUUGUCGUGAGCCUCCCAGCAGACAGAAGAACUUUGAGUUAGGGUGCAGGAGCUGAAUCCCCCCCCCCAGAUCCAGAGCGAGGACCCACACCACUGCUCAAGCUUCUCGAUGCUUUCUCAUAAACAGAGCCAGAAACUUCAUGUGCUCGCUGGAAGCAUUUCAAGAGGCUUCUCAAACAUUUCAGUGACAGGGAGACAAAUAAAAUUUAAAAAAACAGGCUUAUUUUGUACAGUUCUUUUCCAUGAGGUGAUGAUCGUGAUAAACCCUGACAUCCCAUCUUUCCCUUAUCGGCUCAGUUUAGUUUGUACUGCUUGCUGAAACCCCCCAUGACGUUAAAGUGCUCGAUAUGUGUGCAACCUCCCUCUCUCCCUCUCUCUCUCCCUCCCUAACUUUCUCCCUCCCUCCCUCUCGAUGUUGUUUGUUCCCUGGCUCUUAUCCAGCUGAACGUGAUAGUAUACCUGUAGUUUGGUAGAUGGAUGUUCCACUUUAAAAAAAAUAUACAGAAAAAAAGAAGAUAGUAGAAGCAAAAACAUUGUGGCUAAAUGUGAUUUCAAGAGACCUAAAGAAAGGAAAAUGUCUUACAGUCCGAACCAUCCUCCCCGAGUCCCUUUUACAUGGUAGUUUGUACAUGUCGAGUGUAAAACACUGUUCUAUGAUGGUUUUCCUGAUGGUAUUUGUAUUUCUGUAAACACUUUGGUGAUCCUGUCAUAUCUGGGUUUUAUAAACCACAAUUAUUUUUAAAACUC